GUUGAGAGUAGGGAAGGAGAAGUACGAGGAAGGAGAAGAAAGAUGGAUUUAAGAUCCAACGAGGGCUUGGGGUUCAUAAUAUAGGUUUUGUUGCAUAUGGUUGUCAGAUAAUUUGUAGCAAUCCCACUUUGACCAGGACUGGUAUUUACAGAUCCUUUUUGAGUAAUAAACGUAAAAGGAAUCCAAAAAAUCUAAGAGCCACCGAGUUUUGCCCGGAAUCGAGUUGUGUUCUACAUGGAAUCUUUGCUAAUAAUAUUUUAUUUUUUAUAUUUUUUCAUCAAAAAAAUAAUACUUCAUUUUUUUUUUAAAUUUCGAUGACUAAUUUAUAUUUAGUCCUUAAAUAUACUCACGCAUGACAAUGUUCCAAGGUGGUAUGAUAAUACGCCAUCAAUACCCAGGAGUUGGUACAGUUUCAAUUCUGAUAGCAGGAACCUGGGCUUAAUCCUCCCUCUCCUGGAAAGUCUCUCUCUCUCUCUUCCCCCAUCAAAAACCCCACAAACGGCCGCCCCCUCCCUCUCUCUCUAUCUUGCACGCUAGCACACAAAAACAGAGUGGGCACUCUGUGAAGAGAAGAAAUGGAGCCCCUUUGCUUGAUUUCGUUAAACAAGAGUAUCCACUGCUUCACCCCGAAGGGGUGUUCGAGGAAGGAAGAGAAGCCAUGUGAUCAACACCGCCUCCAGAAAAGAAACGUCAGGUUUGUGGUGCGUUUGGUCUCUCCUCUGAUGUCUGCCAUCCUCACCUUAUCCGCUCCCAGCCUCGUUGCUCCUCCAGUAUCCUUUAGUCAGCCUGUAUCUGAUGGCAGAGCCUUGUUUCAAAAAGCCUGCAUUGGCUGCCAUGAUAUGGGAGGAAACAUAUUACAACCUGGUGCCACUCUCUUCAUGAAGGAUCUAGAAAGGAAUGGUGUUGCCACGGAGGAGGGUAUUUACAACAUCACAUACUAUGGGAAGGGAAGAAUGCCGGGUUUUGGAGAGAAAUGCACUCCAAAGGGUCAAUGCACAUUUGGACCCCGGCUGCAGGAGGAUGAGAUCAAGUUGUUGGCAGAAUUUGUUAAGUCACAAGCUGACAGAGGAUGGCCAAAUAUCGAAAGCUAUGGAGAUUGACUCCUGCAGACGACAAAAUGUCCAAAUGCAACUUCUGUUAGCAGCCAGAUAAACAUGAUGCAUUUAAAUUCAUAGACUUGUUUGUUGACUCUGUUACACAUCCAAAGCCCUGGAGAUUGAGUGCUAGACUAGAAAAAUCCAUCAGUUGCAUUUCAAUUGUUUCUAAAACAUUAUGAUCUACUUUUUAUGAGAUUUAAUCAGAAGAAAGUACCUAAUGACUAGCAAAAUGGGUGAAGCCAGUUAUCAAAAAGAAAAAAAGCAGUCAUAUUUGACCUUUCGAGAUGUACCCAAAUGAACACCAGCCCAGAAUCUAGAA